AACAUACGCAUUGACGAUAUGUCUAAUCCAAUAAAUAAGAAGAGGAAGAUCACAGACGAUACAAAAUCAAUCAAGCAGGCUUCACAGGGCGAUAAGAAGCAGAGUACUUUUGCUGACAUCCUAGAGAGUUUACAAGAUGAAGCGGAGAAGAAUUCGACAGAAAGUAGCCAGGUUUGGGGUAGACCGUCUGUGCCAAAGUUUGAGUCCAUGGUUGAGCCAAUAAUAUUCCAACAAAUCGACCUCGAAGAAGCCUCAAUACCGGGUGCAGAACCAUUCAUUCGCAUGCACGGUGUCACUCAGGAUGGCUACUCUGUCAUGGCAAACGUCACCGGUUUCCUCCCAUAUCUCUAUAUAGCUGCACCUCGCGGAUUCACGAAGGAAGAAUGCGAGGGCUUUUCAGGAUACCUCAAUGCAACUUUUGGAAACAACGGGAAGAGAAUAGUCGCAGAUAUGGAAAUGCACACUAAGCGGAGUCUAUGGGGAUACAAGGGCGAUGAGAAGUCACCAUUUAUCAAGAUCACAUUCGUUGAUCAGAGGAGUAUGACACGCGUUCGAGGAUGCUUCGAAAGAGGUGAAAUUCACUUCAGAGAGUUCUUUGAUGAUGCUAUCCAGACCUACGAGUCUAACAUCUCCUAUGAUCUUCGCUUCAUGAUCGACAAGAAGGUUGUGGGAAUGUCAUGGAUUGAGUGUCCUGGAGGUGCUUACAACCUUAAAGCGUCUACUAGCAAGGUAUCCAAAGCUCAGCUCGAGUUUGACAUUCACCACAAGGAUAUUAUAGCCCACCCUGCGGAAGGCGAGUGGCAGAAGAUGGCGCCAUUGCGUAUACUGUCUUUCGAUAUUGAGUGUGCUGGUCGUCAAGGUAUAUUCCCAGAAGCCCAGAUUGAUCCGGUUAUCCAAAUCGCCAAUAUGGUCACUCGCCAGGGUGAAAGCAAGCCAUUCAUCAGAAAUGUCUUUACUCUCAAAUCUUGUGCCCAUAUCGCAGGUAGUCAAGUUUUAAGUUUCGAAGAUGAGAGCAAAAUGCUUAAUGCAUGGAGAGAUUUCGUAGAGGAGGCUGAUCCAGAUGUCGUCAUCGGUUAUAACACCUCGAAUUUCGAUAUUCCAUACCUCAUGGACAGAGCAAAGGCUUUGAAAGCGACAAAAUUCUGUUACUUGGGUAGAAUGAAGAACGUGAAGAGUGAAGUUGGCACAUCCCACUUCUCAUCAAAGGCGUAUGGUACCAGAGAUUCAAAAACGACAAAUAUGGAAGGCCGUCUACAACUAGACUUGCUACAGCUCAUACAAAGAGAACACAAGCUAAGAUCUUACUCUUUGAAUAGCGUCUGUGCAGAAUUCCUUGGAGAACAGAAGGAAGAUGUACACCACUCUAUUAUUACUGAAUUGCAGAAUGGUACACCAGAAUCAAGACGAAGAUUGGCUGUAUACUGUCUAAAGGAUGCUUAUCUACCACAAAGAUUGCUUGACAGACUGAUGAGUUUGGUUAAUCAGACUGAAAUGGCAAGGGUCACUGGUGUACCUUUCAACUACCUCCUUGCUAAAGGUCAAUCAAUUAAGGUUAUGAGUCAGAUAUGUAGACAAGCUCAAGUUCAUGGUUACUUAGUUCCAGCUUUGAGAGUUGAAGGUUCUGACGAACAGUACGAAGGUGCUACUGUUAUUGAACCCCGCAGAGGUUAUUACGAUGUACCAAUUACGACCCUCGAUUUCAGUUCUCUGUAUCCAUCUAUUAUGAUGGCUCACAAUCUCUGCUAUACCACCCUCUUAGAUCCACAAACAGUAGAACGUCUCAAAUUGAAAGAAGGUGAGGACUACAUCAAGACGCCAAACAAUGAUAUGUUUGUCACUCCAGUCAAACGUAAAGGUCUCCUGCCUGUAGUUUUGCAAGAUCUUAUUUCUGCACGUAAACGCGCCAGAGCAGACAUCAAGAGUGAGAAAGAUCCAUUUAGAAGGGCUGUUCUUGAUGGUCGUCAAUUAGCUUUGAAGGUUUCUGCGAACUCUGUAUACGGUUUCACUGGUGCGACGAUCGGUAAAUUACCUUGCCUACCUAUCUCAUCUUCAACGACUGCUUAUGGUCGUCGCAUGAUUGAACGUACGAAGGAAGAGGUUGAAUCACAUUAUAAGGUUUCAAAUAACUACUCUCAUGAUGCUGAGGUCGUGUAUGGUGAUACGGAUUCUGUCAUGAUUAAGUUCGGUUGCAGAGAUCUAGAGACUGCUAUGAAACUUGGCGCCGAAGCCGCUGGUGUUAUCUCAUCGAAGUUCCCAAAUCCUAUUAAGUUAGAGUUCGAGAAGGUUUACUAUCCAUAUCUACUCAUUAAUAAGAAGAGAUAUGCUGGAUUAUACUGGACUGGUUUGGAAAAGUAUGAUAAAAUGGAUACGAAGGGUAUAGAAACUGUCCGUCGUGACAAUUGCAGACUUGUUGGUACGGUAAUUACUACCUGCUUGCACAAAAUGUUGAUAGACAGAGAUGUGAAAGCAGCAGAAGACUACACAAAGCAUGUUAUCUCAGAGCUUUUGCAAAAUAAGAUCGAUAUGAGUCAACUAGUCAUCACAAAGGCUCUGACCAAGACAGAGUACGAUGCCAAACAGGCUCACGUAUGUCUCGCUGAGCGUAUGCGCAAGCGUGAUGCUGGAUCGGCACCGGCACUCGGUGAUCGUGUCGCAUAUGUUAUUGUGAAAGGUAGUAAAGGAGCAGCAGCAUAUGAAAGAUCUGAAGAUCCACUCUUCGUUCUCGAGAACAAUGUCCCUAUAGAUACCAAGUAUUACCUCGAGAAUCAACUAUCGAAGCCUUUGUUAAGAAUUUUCGAACCAAUUCUAGGAGAAAAGUCUCAGUCAUUGUUGACAGGUGAUCAUACCCGUACUAUAACCGUCGCAACUCCAAGUAUAGGAGGACUGAUGAAGUUUGCGGUUAAAACAGUAACAUGUUUGGGAUGUAAAGCGCCAAUUAGGGGUAGUGAUGCUGCUGUAUGCAAGAAUUGUAAAGGCAAAGCAGGAGAAUUAUACCAAAAGCAAGUUGCUUCUGUAUCCGCAUUACAAGUCCAGUUCGCUAGAUUGUGGACACAGUGUCAGAGAUGUCAAGGUAGUUUACACCAAGAUGUCAUUUGCACGAAUAAGGAUUGCAACAUUUUCUAUAUGAGACAACGGUCUAAGUUUGAAGUAGCAAGUGCAGUCAACACUUUGGAGAGAUUCAACGACGAUAAUUCAUGGUAAAGCAUUAUUAUGUAAUUAAAUUAUACUAUUAUGAAC